AUGGCUUAUACGUCCCGCCCUACCUCCAUGCUGGGCCCCGGAACGUCGGCGGCGUCCCUUCGACAGCCAGGCGGUGCCAUAUCUCAACAGCAGUCCUCGGCUUUGGCAGCUCGCAUUGCGUCGAAGAAGGCUGAGUUGGAUAAUCUGGUCCAGCUUCGUGACAUGAGCAACGGCCUUGCAGGGCAAAUGGAGGUCCUUCGGGCCAAACUGGAAACACUUAAAGACGGUACAGAAGCCGUGGCAUGCGUACUUGCAAAUUGGGAUAACAUCCUACGGGCAAUUACCAUGGCCUCAACUAAGUUGGCGGUGCUCAAAGAUGUGGCGGCGCAAGAAGCGAGUGUCGAUAACAAAAAUGAUACCUACUCCCCCUUGCCAGCGACCUUGGUUCGAAUUCCUGCAAUUCAACAAGACAAACCUAGCGAACAAUGA